AUGGAGCAAGACAGCGACCUGGAGUUUCCAGACGGUGGUUGGCGCGCGUGGAGCGUCGUUCUUGGCUCUUGGUGCGCGAUGGUGCCCUCAUUUGGACUGAUGAAUACAAUUGGCGUGUUCGAGGCUUGGUUGGCGGAUCAUCAGUUGAGAGACUAUUCAAAAGCUUCUAUCGGUUGGAUAUUCAGUCUAUACACGUUUUUCCUUUAUUUUGGAAGCAUACAAGUUGGACCUCUGUUUGAUGCGCAUGGUCUUGCACCUUUGUUGAUCCCAGGAUGCGUUGGGCUCGUCGCAUCACUGAUGAUCUUCAGCGUUGCAGAAGAAUAUUACCAAUUUAUGCUAGGGUUCAGUGUUCUUGGCGGUAUCUCCUCAUCGAUGGUUUUUACCCCUAGCGUGGCUUGCAUAUCCCAUUGGUUUCUCAGACGUCGCGCCCUGGCCACCGGCAUAGCCGCGACUGCUGGGGGCAUUGGGGGGAUUAUUUUUCCUGUCUUGAUCUCCAACCUCGCGGACAAUCUAGGCUUCCCUUGGGCUAUACGAAUCAUUGGAUUUAUAAGUGCCGCAUUUUGCUUCCUGAGUGUCGCGCUUUUGAGAACCAGGAUACCCUUUAACUCGGCACAAAAAGGAACUAUUGACAUCAAAACUUUGAAAGAUCUACGUUUCUCGUUGUUGACGGCGGCCAUUGUUUUGAUCGAUUUCGCCCUUUUGAUUCCAUUGACUUAUUUGCCAUCCUAUGCUCAAUCUCGUGGCCUGAAAGAUUCUCUUUCAUACAACCUAUCGUCUAUCUUGAAUGCUGCGUCCAUCGUUGGGCGAAUCGUCCCUGGAUAUUUUGCGGACCAAUUUGGACGAUUUAAUGUGAUGAUCAUCACAACUUUCAUCUGUUCAGUGUUUAUCUUCGCCUUAUGGCUUCCAUCUCAGUCGAAUCAGGCGGCUAUUGUGGCAUUCGCCGUGCUUUUUGGAUUCUCGAGCGGCACUGCAAUCAGCCUCUCCCCUGUUUGCAUAGCACAAAUCUCCAAAACAGAAGAUUUUGGAAAGCGCUAUGGUAUAACCUAUUUCUUUGUCAGUAUAGGUACACUCGUCGCCAUUCCAAUUGCCGGUGAGGUUUUGAAUAUCCAGACAUCCACAAUGGGCCAGGAUGACUAUACUGGUCUGAUCAUUCUUUGUGGGCUCGUCUAUUUUUGUGCAUGUGUCUUUUUUAUCCUAUCCAGGGGUGUGAAUGUUGGUUGGAGGAUGAAAGUUUUCUAG